AUGAUUGGACCCGAUGCCAAUGGCCAGACCUAUUUGAUUGUGCCUAAUUCUGAAUCUAGUGUUUCAGUUUCCGAUGGAGGCUCAUCACUGAGUCUUGCAGCUCGAUCCACCACCAUGAAACCAGUUAGUGUUAGCCAAGCUGGUUUAAGUUUUUCCUCUCAGCAAAUCACAAGCUGUUCCAAUGGUCCUCGUCUGAUUCAAACUACUACUUCAUCUUCCUCUGCCCUCCUCUCUGAGUUAAGUCAGCUGGCCAGUGCUGGUCAGAAGAUGGGCAAUCAGCCAUUGAUACAACACAAUUCAUUUUCAUCCGCUUUCCACAAAUGUUCUUCCAAGCUUCACCUGAAGUCACCUACUGUUUUGGAAAGUUCUUCCAAAAUGUUGGAAAAUGUAUGUGUGAAUUCAGAGGUCAACGCACAGAAGACCGCAACAAGCACUGUUGGGCAAGGCCCAGAGAUGUCCCCAAAUCUUACAAGAAAAGCUCUUGAAACACACAGUGCUUCAAAGAACCAUCCAGUGAGGAAGAGGAAGUCGGGCGCAGAUGAUCAUGGCAGCAACAAGAAAUCAAAUCGGUGUAAAGAAAAGGAGGUGGAUGAUGAUGUUUUCAUUAUUAACAUUGAUGAUGAGGAUCCGCAACAUCAGAAUCCCAAAAUAGAUAUAACCUCCACUAGGCCUCAGUCGGAGUCAGCUGACUCCACAGUGCCUUCGUGGUACUGUGAAAAGAAAGCUGUUCACUCUGCACAAGACCAGGAAACCAAGCUAUUGGGAAAACCUCUUUUGACAGACACAGAAGCUUUGCUUGAAAUGAUUCCCAACCUUAAAUCCAGAUCUAUGACUGUCAAAGAAACCGUCAGGGCACUCAAUAGCCUUAGAGCCAAAAUCAGCGGCAGAGAUCAGGCCCUCUGCAAGUCUGUGUUUUUAGAUCCACCGUCUCAACACAAACCUGCCCAACAAGACGGUGACUCUUCAAACCAGGUCUCCGCCCAAACAUCUCAUCUAGUUAACAGCAAAACCGGUGAUGUGCAGCUUUGUAAGAGAACAGGUGGCAGAUUUGUAAGUCUCAACUUGGAAAGCUUAGAGAGUGAUGCACUGCUGGACAUUGAGCAGGCCUUAGAUCGAAGGCUGUUCGGUGAUUCGCCUGUGGGAUUUACAGGAUUUUCGGAUCACAAGACAUCCAUUGGCACCGCAGCUAAAACGGCAAAGGCUUUAGCUCCUUCCAAUCAGUCUAAGCAACCAUUGCUGUCCCAGCAGAGAUCAGAGCAUGGGUCCGUGACUCUUUCUGCUAAAUAUCCUCAUCAUAACGCAACACUUGAUGAGACAAAACAAAACAAAGUUUACUCAGAUGUUUCACAAAGUGGAGACACCCCCAAAGAAAAUAUGGACAAACAGAAUUCAUUUUUAUUUGAGGAAGUUCAAGAAUCUGCAACGUCAAACAUUUCUAAUCACCGUAAAAGCAUUUCAGAAAAUAAAAGCGAUUUUUUUGCUGACGCUUUGUCUCAGUCCGGAGUGAGGCAAGGAGAUUCAGGUUUUGAAAGGAAGAUCUCACAGAGGGAUUCUAAUUUCCAGGCAGACUUUUUGGAUUUUUUGCAGUUUGGAAGCCCCAAUUUGUGUAAAGAAAGCAACGGUUCAAACAGCUCAACAGACAAAGGGAAGGCCUCGGAUCAUCCUACCCUGGCUCAGUGGCUUGCUAGAACUGUUACGGAUAAACCAGACAAUGAUCAGAGAUACUCUUCUCCCGCUUUGCCAUCCUACUAUGACAAUUUGCCACCUGUCCAGAUGGCCUCACAGGCAAAUAUGUCAAGUGAAAAUGAACUGCCAGGAGACAUUGUUGACUUUAUCACAGAAUCCAUGAGCUCUAGAAAACACUAUCCUAAUUCUAUGGUGUUCCACAACUCACCCUCCUCUCUCCUGGCUGACCUUAUCAAAAAAGAUAAGCAGGACAGCAAAGAGAUUCAAAAUUCAACUGUUUGGCGGAGUAUCUCUGUUCCCAAUACACCUGC